CUUUCAACGAUCAUGCGCAGUAGCUGCAGAAGCAUGCCGGGUUUGUGUAAUCGGGACUGGAGUCAUGUAAUAGAGGUUUUUUUUGCCCCUGUGACUAUUUUAGGGAUGCUGUAGGUAUUUCGAAUGGCCAGGACCCUGGCACUGAGGUUGCAUCUGCUCCGGCAUUUUGGAGCCCGAGUCCCUUCAUCACUGACAGCGUGUGCUGCUAGACCUCUGUGUUGUCCCCGUCUUCACACCUCCACUGUCUGUUCUCCAACACGCUCCAAAAUCAGUCCGAGAGCUGUGUGCACCAUAACACGUGACCCUCUGUUCCUUAUCGCUGGAUCCGUUCGCCCUCACCAGGAACUCCUCACCAGUGGAAGCAGUCAGUCUUUACUGCACCACCUGACUUCUGAAGAGGACCGCGUCUUUUCGGACCGCCUCUCCUCCUCCACAUCGUCCCAGCAAGUUCUGCGUCUCUUGCGAUCUUACCCUGAUCUGUCAAGCGGAGCAGCAGCGUCUGUCCUUCACCGACUGGCUGAUCUGGAGCAGGAUGAUGACUGCGGUCUUAAGAACCCACAACUGCUGUCAGAUGUGAAUUUGAACAAACUCUGUCAGAAACUUGAGCAGGAUUCAGCCGUGUUAGAAGAUGACGUGGUGGUUCGAUCUCUGCUGGGCUGCACACGUCUCUAUCUCGACCCGUGGAGUCGACUGGUGGUGCGGCUGGUGUCUGAAAGUCAGGAGAGAUUGGACUUGGAAAGGUUGAGUGUUGAAUCUCUGUGUGGGUUAUCGAGGGCUCUGUUGGCGUUGGAAGGGCCUGAGUGUGGGAUGGUUAAACAGGCUAUGAAUCAACUCCAAAAUAAAGACCCAGGCCGAUGGAGUAGAGAAGAGCUAGUGUCCGUUUACCGCGCACUUGCGUCUGGUUUAAAUGAUGGUGGACGCUACCUAGAGCUCUUGAACGAAUUGAAUGCUCAGGCUCUUCGACUAGCGCAACGAAUGGAUCCAGUGGCCGUAAGCGAGAUUCUGGGGGCUUUGGUUACACUAGAACAGACACAAGCAUUGCCGCUGGUUAUCGCACUCUGCAAGCAAGCCGUCCGACACGUGCCAAACUUUACAGACGCAGAGUUGACUGCGGUUUUGUCAGCACUAAUGUAUUAUGGACACAGCGAUCACUUUUUCGUGGAAGCUCUCGAGCGCCACGUGCCCAAGGUCGCUUUCAGCGCACAUGCAGAAACGAUUACCAAAGUGAUGCAGUAUUUCGGACGGCGACGCAUUCGAUCCAUGCCUGUUUUUAAUGCAGUCGCUGAGAGUUUCGUGUACCGUGCGGAGGAGUACUCUACAUGGCAGGUGUCUCAUCAGAUAGUCGCGCUUGGAAUGCUGGGAUACGUGCCGCCCGACUCGACAAGACUGUUCCGAAAAGUGGAGUCUGUUUUGCGUGCCCGAUAUUUGCAGUUCCAGCCCAGAGCUCUUCUGGAUUUGCUGCAUGCUUGUACUCUGCUGCAGAGAUACCCACUAAACUUUGUCUCAAAAGUCUUUAGUCCCUACUUCAUGCAGCAGCUACAGGAGGAGAACAGUGGGAUGGAUCGGCUGGUGCUCGCUCAGUUAACUCAGCUGUACAUGACUGUGAAACUGGAGUGUCCCUUCUAUCAUGGUCCAUGGCUUUUACCAAAGUUUCGUGUGAAGUCAUUUUUGGCCCCUGGACAGUCUCUGGAGACUCAAGUAGAAGCUCAGCUCUACAGUGCGGUGAAGUCCGGCCUCAUGGAUCUGCUGGGGGCUCGUUCUUACUUUGCGUCCAAAGUACUUACGCCAUAUUGCUAUACACUAGAUGUUGAGAUAAAACUAGACGAAGAAGGAUAUGUCCUGCCAGCUUCUCAUCAAGAUGAGGUGCAUAAAAGAAUUGCUCUCUGUAUCGACGGGCCAAGGCGCUUCGCAGCAAAUGCAAAGCAUCUACUGGGUAAAGAAGCCAUCAAACAGCGGCAUCUGAGGAUUCUGGGAUAUGAUGUUGUUCAGAUUCCAUUCUAUGAGUUUGAGAAACUCAAGGACAAGAAAGAAGUUGUGGAAUAUCUGCACAAAAAGAUCUUUCCUCACAGCUAUAGACUGAGCUGGUAAUAGCUCCACAGUCCAAAUCCAGCCGAUAGAUUGUGUGGACAAAGGGUUUUUGUUCAUACAGAAACAUUUGUAUUUAUUUUUUUGCUUUAUAAAUCCUUAGGCAGAGUGACUAUGUAAAGAAA